AUGCAUGUUAUGCCACUCGUGUAUUCUGAUCUAAUAUUGCCCCUCACACUUCUUUCAGCGCAGUACUUGCUUCCUGUUGUGCUUAAUGACCCAUCAUUCGUUAAAAACGUUUACUUUUACCCCCUGCCGCAAAUGCACUUUCUCAUCAAACUCUCGCUAACAAUCCUCGUUCUUUACCUGCUGUACACAUCGUUUCCCUUCGAUUUAUUUUUGAACGAUGCCCUUUUUGCCUAUUUGGGAUCAUUUCUGUGUUUUAUACUGAACGCAAUAGGCACUACCAAGGGAAUGCUCGCCAUAUCGCGCACAUGUGCUGGAGCGAGCAUAUUUAAUCCAAAAAUAGGAUCUAAGUCUCUCGUGGGAGUCAUAAUAUGUGAGGGGAACCUGCUCUGCGGUAUUGUAAUAUCGUAUUUCAUCUUUAAUUCCAUACCACAUGACAGCAAAAACUUGAAGGAUGUCUCGUACAUUCUCUUUGGGGCUGGUACAAUCACUGGAGCAGUUGGAUUUGCCUCAUCAUUUGCGACUGGCAUUAUCUGUGCCGCUAUUUGUGUCAUGGAUGCUAAAGAUCCGAAAUUGUUCUCCAAACUUGUUUUUUACGAGUUUCUUGCGGGCAGUCUGGGUGUAAUGGGCAUUGGUAUCGGUUUCAUUAUGAAAGAAAAGAUUAAAAUAUUUGUUUGAGAGCGUUCAGCCCUGCUUUUUGUGGCUAUCGGUCGGAUUACUGAAUGCCCGGUGAGGAGUACGGAUUUAACAAAAAAUUUAAAAUUCGUCAACAAGUCCUAAAAACAGCUGCUUCAAUAACUGACCAGAUAAUAAAAGUGUGA